AUGCAGGCCCUUACACGUUGUUCAAAGCCGGCGCUCCGUGCGGCGACUCGGAGACAAGCUUACACCACGUCGCCCUACGCUUCGACCAUCAACAACCUCAAGAUCAACAAGGACACCCGUGUUUUGUAUCAGGGCUUCACUGGCAAGCAGGGAACGUUCCAUGCCCAGCAAGCAAUUGAGUAUGGCACGAACGUUAUUGGAGGAACAAACCCCAAGAAGGCUGGCCAAACGCAUCUUGGACUACCCGUUUUUGCGACCGUUGAGCAGGCUGUGAGGGAGGCUGGCGCAACCGCGUCUGCUAUCUUCGUCCCACCACCUGUCGCCGCUGCUGGUAUCGAGGAGGCCAUUGCCGCCGAGAUUCCGUUGGUAGUAUGCAUUACCGAGGGUAUCCCCCAGCAUGACAUGGUCCGCAUUACCGACAUCCUGAAGACUCAAUCCAAGACCCGUCUCGUUGGCCCCAACUGCCCGGGUAUCAUUGCCCCUGGACAAUGCAAGAUUGGCAUCAUGCCUGGAUUCAUCCACAAGCGCGGCCGCAUUGGAAUUGUCUCCCGCUCAGGAACCCUUACCUACGAGGCUGUUAACCAGACCACCCAGGCUGGUCUUGGCCAGUCUUUGGUUGUCGGCAUUGGCGGCGACCCAUUCUCCGGCACAAACUUCAUCGACUGCUUGAGAGUGUUCUUGGAAGAUGAGGAGACUGAUGGUAUCAUCAUGAUUGGCGAGAUCGGUGGAUCUGCUGAGGAGGAAGCUGCGGAUUUCUUGCGCGAGUACAACACUGCCAACAAGCCAGUUGUCAGCUUCAUCGCUGGUAUCUCUGCCCCACCCGGACGCAGAAUGGGCCACGCAGGUGCCAUUGUUAGCGGCGGACGAGGCGGCGCAGACUCCAAGAUCGCCGCGUUAGAGGCUGCUGGCGUCAUCGUCGAGAGAUCCCCUGCGAUGUUGGGCAAGACUCUCCACGCGGAGUUUAAAGGCGAGAAUCUCAUAUUCCGCGCCUUCCGCAAUGACUGCCGCCCACGACUAGCCGACGUAUUUCGAAUUCAAGUCAUAUCCAAUGCGCAGGUGCGGUCACCGAUAUUGACGCUGGGAAGCACCACAUUCAGUCAUGUAAAGCAUGAGAAUAUAUACCUGGUGGCGAUAACGAAGAGCAAUGCCAAUGCAGCGCUUGUGUUUGAGUUUCUCUACCGAUUUAUUGCGCUUGGGAAGGGAUAUUUUGGGAAGUUCGAUGAAGAAGCCGUCAAGAAUAACUUUGUGCUGGUAUACGAGCUCUUAGAUGAGGUUAUCGAUUUUGGGUAUCCGCAAAACACAGAGACCGACACACUGAAGAUGUACAUCACAACUGAGGGGGUGAAGUCGGAGCGGACGAUGGAGGACUCGGCCAAGAUCACAAUGCAGGCCACGGGCGCGCUCUCAUGGCGCAAAGCAGACGUCAAGUACCGCAAGAACGAAGCAUUCGUCGACGUAAUCGAAGAUGUCAAUCUCCUCAUGUCCGCGACCGGCACCGUCCUCCGCGCCGACGUCAACGGCCAAAUCGUUAUGCGCGCUUACCUCUCUGGCACCCCCGAGUGCAAGUUCGGGCUGAACGACCGACUCCUCCUCGACGGUGACGGCCUGUCAUCUCUCCCGUCUGGCAACCGCCUCGGCAGCAAGGCAACAAAGGCGGCUGCCGGCAGCGUGACGCUGGAGGACUGCCAGUUCCACCAGUGCGUGAAGCUGGGAAAGUUCGACACAGACCGCAUCAUCUCCUUCGUCCCGCCCGACGGCGAGUUCGAGCUGAUGCGCUACCGUGCGACGGAGAACGUGAACCUGCCGUUCAAGGUGCACGCCAUCGUCAACGAGAUCGGCAAGACCAAAGUGGAGUACAGCAUCGCCAUCCGCGCCAACUACGGGUCCAAGCUGUUCGCCACCAACGUCGUCGUCAAGAUCCCCACACCCCUUAACACCGCGCGCAUCACCGAGCGUUCCACCCAAGGCAAGGCCAAGUACGAGCCCAGUGAGAACGUCAUCGUGUGGAAGAUCCCGCGCUUCACGGGACAGAACGAGUUUGUGCUGAGCGCCGAGGCGACCCUGACUAGCAUGACAAACCAGAAGGCCUGGUCGCGGCCGCCGCUGAGCUUGAACUUUAGCCUGCUCAUGUUUACGAGCUCGGGCUUGCUGGUGCGCUACCUGAAGGUGUUUGAGAAGAGCAAUUACUCAAGCGUCAAGUGGGUGCGGUAUAUGACAAGAGCGGGGUCGUAUGAAAUUCGAUUCUAG